AUGACAUUUUUCAAGGGGUUGUUGAAGAAAUUCAAGGGCGGCGAUGAUCCAAAGAGAAAAAGUUCAAUAAAUGGAAUAACGCGAGACAUCAAUCCAGAGGAUCAGUGGGAAGUCGUGAAUGAGCUGGGCGAUGGAGCCUUCGGUAAAGUGUUUAAGGCCGUGAAAAAGAACUCGAGUAUUCAAGCUGCUUUAAAGAAAGUAGAGUUUGAUUCAGAGAUCGAUCUUGAGGAUCUGAUGGUGGAGAUCGACAUUUUGACUAACUUCAAGCAUCCGAAUGUUCUGUCUUUAUUAGAGAUGUAUUUGGAACUAUGUGGUGGCGGAGCGAUUGAUUCCAUCAUGAACACUCUUGAUCAACCCCUAAAUGAACCGCAAAUACGCUUUGUAUCGCAUGAAGUUCUCAUGGGCCUCGCCUUCCUGCAUGAAAAUUUGAUUAUUCAUCGGGAUAUGAAGGCCGGAAAUGUCCUUCUUACGUUAUCAGGCGAAGUAAAGCUCGCUGACUUCGGCGUGUCUGCUCAUCUGGCCAAUGAAAAACAAAAACGGGAUACGUUUAUUGGAACACCUUAUUGGAUGGCUCCAGAGGUUAUUGCUUGCGAAACCUUUAAAGAAAGCCCGUACAAUUGGAAAGCGGAUGUGUGGUCCUUCGGUAUUACAGUUAUUGAAUUCGCCGAGAUGCGACCGCCUUACAACGAAAUCAAUCCCACUCGUGUUCUUUUGAAAAUUACAAAGUCCGAUCCUCCUAAAUUGAAGAAACCGAAUUUGUGGUCUGCGGAAAUGCAAGAGUUUCUAGCUCGAUGUUUAUUAAAAGAUCCGGUACAAAGGCCCGAAUGUAAGGAUCUACUAAUGCAACCAUUCGUGCGGGAUGUGUGCGAGGCUGAUCGACAGUGCAUCCGUCUACUCCUUUGCGAACUAAAAGCCGAUGUCAUUGACACAGUCGAGGAUCUGGAUCCAGCCGAUUUGCCGGAAGUUGAACAGGAAGAAAGCGUUUUAGUGCUGCCCGACUCGACCAAGAUUGUCAUACCAGUAGAGGUGAUGGAAGAGGACGAUGAUGCUGAGAUUGACUCCAAAGACCAGUCCGUGGAUAAUAAAGACACUGGCAGGGAUAGUGGAUUGGAGUCAGAUAUGCGACCAGCCAUUCCCGUGACCGAGGAAGAUAAAUCGUCUGAUCCCGGCUCUCGUGAACCCAUUGUCCUAUCUAGUCCUGGUCAUGUUCUUUUGACUGAAGUCACGUGGUUCACACCAUCUAGUCAGUCAAGUACCUCAAAUCGGGGUAAUCCAAUUAGAUUUCAGACCCCCAUUAAACGUUCAGUUUCAUGCAAACCCAGUCUUUCACCAAAACCGUUGCCACCACAACCAGUGACCACUAAGGAUCGUCCACCCACUGAUUCUGUCAGAUACAUGAAUCUGAAGCGUCGUGUGACCAUUUCCCACGCUCCACCAAGAUCCGGGCGUUUAGUCGUGCCUUCUGCCUCAUCAAAACGUCCAGAGCAAAACCAAAACAUUAACACAAAUAGUGUGAAAUGGACAGAUUCGCCGUCUGCAGCCGAGAGCCAUCGGUCUGUACUACGACAAUCAAGUUGUCGUGUUCUGUCCUCCCAGUCCCCAGUUGUAAUUCGUCUGAAUCGUUCGAAAACGAUUCGUAAUGUCUGUCAUCGACCCGAGACUAGUCCGGUACGAUGUCGCACGGAACUGAUCGUACCGUUCUCACCAACCAUGACUCCGCGAGUUAGUCAACUGCGUCGUCGUCUUUGCAAUCAGGCAACGAAUGGCUCCGGUUCACCCCAAGUGCGGCAACUGCUGGCCCCAUUUGUGGCCGAAAUUGCCGAGCAGAUCAUCGAUGAGGUACUCAAUUCAGAGACAGAACAGCCCUCCGCACCGUUUUGUGUUUUCGAAGUGAUGCGAGACUUGAAUUAUGAAUUACAACAGGAAGGAUUGCUCCCGACGGAGGAGCAAGCGCCUCCGGAAACCGAAUCUUACCAACCACAAUCAACGGAUGAAUGUCCCAGUGAAACUCAGAAACGUGCUUCCAUCUCAAGCAAAGCAACCUCUCCCGUGCCCGUUACUAGUAGCGUUAAAGAGAAAAACCAUCACGAGGACAUUGUGUCUGUGGGGCCCUCACGAAAGUCCACUGAGGUCGGAAGCGAUAGUAUGAUAAGUCUGUCCAAGAGUUCAGGGUUGAGUCGCAAAAACAGUGCCUAUCGCACACUCACGCGUACCAGACGUUUCGUUAUUGACGGGAAGGAGAUGACCACAACUUCGAAGCAUAUUAUUCGCCUCGACGAGCAAGAUCGAAAACACAAGGAAGAAGAACUAAACAAGCGCAAAGCCGAACUACGUGCAUUCCGCCUGCUACAGAAACAGGAAACUCGUCAGAUGCGUGAACUAACCAUACUGGCCAAUCAGCGUCAAGAGUUUUUGGAGACCAAAUUGAGUGCUGAAUUCAUGCGCUCUAAGGAAAAAGACUAA